AAGAAGUGGGAAAAUCGAAAGGAAACUAAAAAAUUCAAAGAAAGGUCUAAAGCGCGCGCAUGCCUCUCUCUCCCUGCUCGCACUGUCAUCCUUUCUUUAGUAUCUAAAGACAACCACGGAAUCGAAAACACUCGUGGAAAUCAGUUUUCGGUAAUGGCCGUUGCAUCUGAAAGCAAAGCCUCGCCUAAGAAGGAGAUCGAGGAGACGAAGAAGAGGAGGCGUGUCAUCGAGGACGGCGCCAACGACGAUGAUGGAAACAAAGCAAAGCGCGCCAAGUGUCCCGGAGUUCGCGUUGUCGGAAAUCGAAUAUACGAUUCCGAGAAUGGGAAGAGCUGUCACCAGUGUCGUCAAAAAACAUUGGAUUUCUCGGCGUCGUGUAAGAACAUGAAAGUGAACAAGCUCUGUGCCAUAAACUUCUGUCACAAAUGCCUACUGAACAGAUAUGGAGAGAAAGCAGAAGAGGUGGAAAUGUUGGCUGACUGGAAAUGUCCCAAGUGCAGAGGCAUUUGCAAUUGCAGUUUCUGCAUGAAGAAGAAAGGUCACAAACCCACCGGCCAACUAGUGCAAACAGCCAGGAGUGCUGGCUACUCGUCUGUUUCCGAAAUGCUAAAUGUGAAUGGUUCUGAGGAAUUGGGCGAUGAAAAGGUUGUUGAAAAUGUUGGUGUAUCACCAAAUCAGCCGGUUGCUUUAAACAAGGAACCUGAAGUCGUCUCACCAAAAAAAUUGGGGAAGGAAAAUUCUUUUGAUAGAAAGACUGAUACGGACUCGAAUUCUCAGAAAUUAGCAACAGACUUUGAUGACAAGUCAAAGAAAAUAAAGCGGGAAGGAUUGAAGGAAAUAUGUAAUGGUAGCAACGAUAAAGGCUCUCACCCAAAGAAGAGUAGCUCGAUGAAGGCAAAAGUUAUCGAGUUCUCUAAAGAAGAAGUUAAAGUAACUGGAAUUUCCAAGAAUAAUAAUUAUAACACGAAGGUUCAAAAGGAUGUUCCUUUGAGUCCCAUUAAAUCAGAAGAGAAAAAGGAUGGGAGAACUCUGAAAGAUGCAGGAGCGCUGAAUGCUCUGAAGAUUGAGAAUGCCAGGGACAAACCCAGGAAAGUUCGAGUGUCAAACAAAGUCAGGAAGUGUACGAUGGGUCUGGAGGACACAGAAUUUGAUGCUGACAUCGCUUUGCCUCAGGGUGCCAACUUAGCAACUGUAGCUGAAAUUGAAUUACCUCCUGCAGAUGUUGGAAAUGCCUUGCAAUUUUUAGAAUUUUGUGCCUCAUUUGGAAAGGUUCUUGAUGUUAAAAAAGGACAAGCUGCAUCUUUGCUUCGAGAAUUAAGGUAUGGGCGACGUGGGCGUCGAGCACAAUAUUCAAUGACGGUUCAUUUUCAGAUCCAACUUUUGUCUUUAAUACAAAAGGACGCAGGGAAAGAGUCUGUUUCGCCUAGUCCAACAAAUGGAAGAAAGUCAUGGUGGCAAGCUCUGGGGAAUUGCAUCUCUGAAUCCCAAUGCGCAUCGAAAGAACUGCGCUCAGAUUGUUUUGAUAGAGGUGUUGAUGAAUACGAUAAGUUAGACUUCUCGAUGAAACUAAAAAUCUUAAAUUUUAUUUGCGAUGAGGCUCUUGGCACAGAAAAAUUAAGGAGUUGGAUUGACGACCAAAAUACAAAAGUUGUUGAGCGAGAGAAGGAAGCAAAAGAAAAGCUUAUGGCUGCAAAGGAUAAGGAAAAACGUCUAAAGCAGAACUUGCAGGAUGAGGUAGCCAAAGCUAUUAUUGCACAAAGUGGCGCUCCUCUUUCAAUCCGAAAAUAUGAAGCUGUUGUUUCACGAAUAAAACGUGAUGCGGCUCAUGCUCAUUCUGAGAUGCUUGAUGCCAUGGGAAUAGUAUCCAAAAGGAAGAAAAUAUCUGAUGCUAUUAGAACUGAGGCUCUCUCUUUGGAUGUUAAUGGCCGUGCAUUUUGGAAAUUGAAAGGUCAUGCUAGGGACCAGGAAAUUUUACUUCAAGAUAUGGGGGCAUUGGAGGCAGUCGCAUCUUAUGAAAAAUGGUUUGUCUAUGGAGCUGAACAGAAACAAGCAGUUGAGGAGUACAUUUCUUACUCGAGGGCAAAAAGGCUACGGAUUCAAAACUCUGCUCGUACUACCCCAAAUGAAGGUAAUGAAGCAGACAUAUAGCCAAUGCAUGAAUUGGGGGGGUAAUCUGAGAUGUUCUCGGUUGUUUUCAAAACUUCUUAGUUAAUGGUGGACCCGGUAGUAGUGCAUUGGAAAGUUGAAACCCACCAGAUUUUUUAUUUUUAGUGGGCAAUGUUGGAUCACUUGCUUAUUUCCUGACUUGGAUGGCCAAAAUGUGAGCCGUUUCAUGUAACUCAUAUCGAAGUAUUGAUAUUAGGUGAAUUAGUGGAUCUGUUUUAUGCAUUUCAA